AUGAAAUCUCUUAUCUUUAUUGAGGUUCAUUAUCACUUCCCAAAGGCAUUGUUUCUUCUUUCUGUGUUUACCCUAUUUACUCUUUUGGGUGCAUCUCACGUGUAUGCGGAUAACACACUUGGCAAAUCUAAUCAUUAUAGAUGUAUGCACGAUGAAGUUGCCAUUCCAUUAAAUAAACUACCGUACGUAAAUGUUGGUCAAAGUAAUCCAAAGUUGAAUCUGAGAGGUUCUCCUAUUGAAGCAUUUACCGCUGCUGCCCGUGAAAAUAUACGUUUUCGCCCUUCAUAUGCUCUUAAUAGUUCAUGCACCUUUGUUGGACAAACCGUGAAUACCUACACUGGAGGUACGGCGGUCUGCAGAAAAGAAGAUAUCCUCACACCACGUAAAAAUAGGACCGUGAUGGCUUUAGUGGAGAGUGCUUUGGAUUUUCUUGGAAAAGCACUUCUUGUAGAUCCUCAGGCAAUCAUGAAUGUACCAGCAGAUGUGUGUGGAACAUUAAAGACCCCUGCGGCUCAGUAUACAAAGGUGGAUUUUGUUGUGUUUGUAACGGCUAAUCCAAGAGAAACCCCAAGUGAUGUGAUUGCAUGGGCUCGGGCAUGUGCAAGAGAUCCACUUACACAACGUCCAGUGAUUGGUCAUAUUAAUUUUAUACCAUCUAGUAUAAAAGAUCACGUUGGAGAACUUGAGAAGCGUGUGGCUAUGCAUGAAAUUACACAUUCUCUUGGAUUCACGGAUAUUGCAAAUACCGCAAAAGGUAUUACUGGAUCCGGUGGAUUUGGAACGUCUGGAUCUGUAGUAGUAUACCGACCAAAUUUGGGGAAGAACGUAACGUUAAUCACAACUCCAAAAGUAGUGGAAGUUGCUCGAAAACACUUUGGGUGUCCAACACUUGAUGGAGUUGAGGUUGAAGAUGCUGGAGGUCCUGGAACUGCAGGUUCUCAUUGGAAGAAACGUAUUCUCUUUGAAGAAGUACUUGUAGGUGUUGUUACAAGUCCAACUCUUUUUUAUUCCUCAUUUACACUUGCCUUUUUACAAGAUCUUGGAUAUUACACUGCUAACUUUGAUGUUGCAGAAGAUAAUUUUCGAUGGGGAAGAAAUAGUACAUGUCGUUUCUUAUAUAAUAAAUGCAAUGAUCAAGAUGAAGGAGUGAAUGAAUUCUGUUUUGGCUCAUCUAAAUCAAGUGUAUGCACUAAUGAUAGACUUGGUUUUGGAAGAUGUGAUAAUACCGAGUAUAACAGAGAUCUUCCAAUCAUGUAUCAAUACUUUGGAAAGAAGAAUGCCGGUGGAAGUCUGGCAGAAAUGGAUUAUUGUCCAUUUAUUAUGGGAUAUACAAACGUCAAUUGUAUAAAUGAACAAUUGUAUGAUCCAAGUAAUUUAUUUGGUAGUGAAAUUAAUUCUUAUAGUAGAUGUUUUGACUCUAAUAUGAUUACUGGUGCAUUUCCCAAUAUUGGAAAUGGUGUACGGUGUUUCCCUUUUGCGUGUACAGAAUAUGGACAACUAAUUAUACGUGUUCAAGGACAAACUGCACCAUGCCCUGAAAAUGGAGAUGCUGGUAAUGCAGAUACAUCUAAAUUAAUAGGUGUUCAUGGUAAAAUAAAGUGUCCACGAGCUGUAGAAUUCUGUGGUACAACAAACGUAAGUCAGACAUCUGCUAUUUUACCGGAAACUCUCUUUACAAGAGCCAUUCCAUUCAUAUCUCCAGUCAAGGUUUAUACUGCCCUAGACUUUACACAUGAGUAUGCAGAAACCUGUGCAGAUCGAGUUAAAUGUGCAGAUAAUUUAACAUUGUUUCCAGUGUGUCGUUUUCUGACUAAAAAAGUACUCGACUGUUUUGGUAGAGACUGUGAGAGUACAAUGAAUCAAUGGUUUUAUAAAAACAAAAUUAUUCAGAAAUGUCAAGAUCCAAAGACAUUAGCUCAGUCAUGUCUAGAUGGUUGGAUAGGCGUUAACAAACUAUGUGCAGUGGCAUCUGCUGCCUAUCCACUGAGAGUACAGUUUUCUCUUUUUACUACAUUGUUCGUGACACUGAUGGUCACCUUUCUGAAUUGA